CGGACCCCUUCUUCUAAUCGGAUCACAGGUGAGGUUGGACUUGGACAGGCUUCUCUAUAUAAGUGCAGCCAGGACGGUGUGCUUCUUCUCAGAUUAGAUAUACAACAAGCCAAGUCCCGUUGGUUUGCCGCUGAAGCAAUUCUUCUCCCACAAGACCGAGUUUUGCAAUUGCUCCAAUGGAGGCCUGCUGUAGCGUAGCCAGGAUAGUGAGCUUUGCACAUUUGGGCCUGAGAAUUUUGCCCAAGUUGCUGGCUCUUUCUCCCGAUUCACUGGGGAAAUUCAGAAAGGUCUCACCACCGAUGGAAACUGAAACUGUGGUGAGAAAAUUGCCGGAGCUGCCGCAGGAUGUAUUGAUGGAAAUAUUUUCACUCCUCGAGAUACCUGACCUCAUGCGUGCGGCCUCUGUCAGCACCUCCUGGCGCUCUGCGUAUACCAGCCUAUGCAACGACCUUGAGCUGUACAAACGGCCUCAGACGCCUUGCCUCCUCUACACCUCUGAAUCUGCUGGUGAGAACGUCGCUUGUCUCUACAGCCUCGCGGAGAAGAGGGUCUACAAUUUAACUCUCCCGGAUCCACCCAUCCGCAGUAGGUAUCUGAUUGGGUCCUCGCAUGGUUGGCUAGUUACCGCAGAUGACAAGUCUGAGCUCCACCUUAUCAAUCCGAUCACUGGUCAACAGAUUGCUCUCCCGCCGGUGAUCACCAUCGAUUAUGUAGAGCCAAUCUUUGACGAUGCAGGUACAAUUGUUAAGUAUGGAUUGCCCGAGCAAGUGUACUGUGCGGACUCAGGCUCCAAACUCGUUGAUCCCAAAAUGUUAACCUAUGCUCCCGACGAGCUUCGUGACCACCUCUAUGUCAGGGCAUUUAUCUUUCCGGAUCCGUCGGCAGGAAGCUACAUUGUGGUUCUCAUCCACGGUCCAGAAGGUGAGCUUUCGUUUGCAAGGAUAGGAGAUUGUAAGUGGACCUUGCUGCCCCCUGGUUGGGACUAUAAACAAUGCAUCUACAUGCAUGAUCUAUUGUAUGCAUUCACGGGAACUGGAAGAAUUGAUACUUUUGAUCUCACUGGCCCUACCGUCACGAGGAACAUAACUAUAGAUGAGAUUGACAAUUACAUUAGCUGGGACAUGUGGUAUGUUGUUCAGGCACCGUGUGACGGCCUGCUUCAAGUCCGCAGAAAGAUUGAACUAAUAGAUGCGGCUUCUGAGGACCUCAUAGCUAUUAAAACUAGAAAAAUCUUGUUAUACAAAGUUGAUAUGGCAGCAGAAGAGCUUGUGGAAAUAAAUGGCUUGCAACAUCACGUGUUGUUUCUUGGGCGUAAUCAGGCACAGUACCUUAAUGCUGAAGAAUAUCCGCAACUGAAGGAAAAUUGUGUCUAUUUCGCAGAUGAUGAGCAACAUAAUUGGAGGUAUAAGCCGAAUCCCCGGGACAUAGGUGUUCUCAACUUGGAUGAUGACAGUACGGAAGAAAUUGUAUUCCAGCUUUGGUGCAGCUGGCCCAGUCCCAUAUGGAUAACACCCAGUCUUACAGUGAUGAACUUGUCAUUGUACGAAUAGGUAGUAACAUGGCAAGUCUAUUAAUAUAUGUAUUUGCCACCAAGGAGCUGAUGAGUUUGACAUUUGUCUGUGUGGGAAACACAUCACAUAUGUCAUUGCGUCUAAGGAGCUUGAUGAGUUUGAUAUUUGUAUAUGUGGGAAACACAUAUUUACUUUUUUUGUGGGAAUAAUGAAGUGUACUUGCACUAUUAGAUAUAAACUUAAAGAAAAUAAAAGAGGUAGU